AUGAGAAUAGUUGGAUUGACCGGAGGCAUAAGCUCCGGAAAAAGCACAGUAUCCAACCUCUUCAAAGCCAACGGUAUCCCCGUUGUCGAUGCUGAUGUCAUCGCUCGCAAUGUCCUGAACAAAGGUACCGGUGGAUGGAGAAAAGUGUUAGCUGCAUUUGGGGAUGAAAUUUUGCUCUCUGGAGGAGAAGUUGAUCGCCUGAAGCUGGGCCAGAUCGUGUUUAAUGAUCCUGAUAGGCGCCAGCUUCUUAAUCGGUUACUGGCUCCUUACAUCUCAUUUGGGAUUUUGCUUCAAGUUCUCAAGCUAUGGAUCAAGGGUUGUAAAAUAAUUGUUCUUGACGUGCCCCUGUUGUUCGAGGCCAAGAUGGACAGGUGGACUAAGCCCAUUAUCGUAGUAUGGGCCAACCCAAAGACCCAACUCGAGCGGCUUAUGUUGAGAGAUGGGUCCACAGCUGAAGAGGCCCAGAGUAGGAUUAAUGCUCAGAUGCCUCUUGAUCUGAAAAAGUCCAAAGCUGAUAUUGUGGUCGAUAACUCGGGUUCAUUGGAAGGUCUGAAUGAACGUUUUGAAGAGUUAUUGGUACAGGUCAGCAAGCCGUUGACGUGGGCUGAGUUUAGACUUUCUAGAGAUGGAGCUAUUAUGGCUUUUGUUUCUGUUCUUUUCGGUGUUAUUGUAUUUCGAACAGCUUUCUGA